AUGUCCUCAACAACAACUAAAACAUAUGCAAGCGGGGACCCCCGCCUAGCCAUUGUGGACGAUGAAGCCGAGCAAGCGCCCAAGUUCGACGACCCCUACGAAGAGCGCAAAUACCUCAAGCAUCGCCUUGCUCUUGCCUUUCGCGUGUUUUCCAACUUUGGGCUCGCGGAAGGUGUUGCUGGGCAUAUCACUGUCAGAGAUCCGGUCGAUUGCAACAGCUUUUGGGUAAAUCCUUUUGGUAUGCAUUUCUCGCUCAUUCGAGACGAAGACCUCAUUCGUGUGGAUCAUGACGGCAAAGUCGUCGAUGGUGGCAAGAACAGGAGGUUAAACUAUGCCGCCUACGCCAUCCAUGCCGAGAUCCACAAGGCACGCCCAGACGUGCUAUGUGCGGCCCAUUCACACAGCACUUAUGGACGAGCCUUCAGUGCCACGGGGCGGUCGCUGCAAAUGAUAACCCAAGACUUUUGUGUCUUCUGGAAAGACCAUAUUCUGUGGUCCAAUUUUGCUGGCCUCGUUCUGGCCCCCGCUGAAGGCAAGGCGAUUGCUGCGGCGUUGGGGAAUAGGAAGGCAGCGAUACUUGGAAAUCACGGAAUCAUGACUCUGGGGCCUACUAUUGAAGCCACUGUUGCAUGGUUUGUGUUGUUUGAGCGAUGUUGUCAGAUACAGUUACUCGCCGAUGCGAGCGCUGCCGGCUCGGGGCAGCCGCUCGUGACUAUUGGUGAAGAGGAGGCUCAAUCUACUUGGGAGGCUGUUGGAACAACGGGAAAUGGGUAUUUCCAGGGAUUGCCACUCUUCCAAGUCGCAGAGCGAGAGUUCGGAGAGAGAACGCUACUGGGUAAGGGUUUAAAAGCACUGUAG